GGUUCAGCACGCAUGCGCGACAAUCUGAUAAUGUCACAUAUCAAUGCUCGUAGCUCUGCCGAAAUAAUAAUAAACACGUCUUCAUGUUUUUCUGUGCAACAACACCUUAGCCAGUGGUGGCUGUGCUGAUUUGCGAAUAUGUUAGACCCGUCUUCCAGCGAGGAAGAAUCUGAGAAUGGUACUAUUGAAGAUGGGGACGAAAAUAACUCAGAUGUACUCAGCCUUCCUAGUGCAGAGCAAAGGAGCUUGUCUGCUAGCGGAGAUAACUUGAGUGUUGUUGGUGGUCACUCACGUUCAAACAGCAUAAGACCAUCAAGUCCUAGUCCAUCCUUAGUGAGUGACAGGGACAAGAUAGAUGACUUCGACAAAACUGAGAGAGAGGAGGAAGAAAGACGCCGCAGGCUGCAGCUGUACGUCUUUGUUAUGAGGUGCAUUGCAUACCCAUUCAAUGCAAAACAACCAACUGAUUUAGCUAGAAGGCAAACCAAAGUUACUAAAGCUCAAUUGCAAACAAUAAAGGAACGUUUCCAUGCUUUUUUGAAUGGGGAAACCCACAUAGUGGCUGAUGAAGCAUUUACAAAUGCUGUUCAGAGUUAUUACGAAGUGUUUCUAAAAAGUGACAGAGUUGCGAACAUGGUUAGAAGUGGGGGUUGUUCUGCAAAUGACUUCCGUGAAGUUUUUAAAAAUAACAUUGAAAAACGAGUGCGGAGUUUACCAGAAAUCGAUGGUCUCAGCAAAGAUACUGUAGUGAGUUCUUGGAUGGCUAAAUUUGAUGCAAUUUAUCGUGGGGAUGAAGACCCAAGGAAACAGCCUCAGAGGAUUUCAACUGCUGCGUCAGAACUCAUUCUCAGCAAAGAGCAGUUGUAUGAAAUGUUUCAAAAUAUUCUCAACGUGAAGAAGUAUGAACACCAAAUUCUGUAUAAUGCCUGCCAGCUGGACAAUGCAGAUGAACAAGCAGCCCAAGUACGGAGAGAGUUGGAUGGGCGCCUUCAUAAUGUCGAAAUGAUGGCAAGAACCCGAAGGCACCCAAAGUUUGUAGUGAAAGAAAUGGAGAGCAUGUAUUUAGAGGAAUUAAAGUCUUCCAUCAAUAAACUCAAGUCUAACCUGGAAAGUUUGCCUGUGUCCAAAGGCGGAGCUGAUUCUAAGUACUCUUUGCAAAAACUCAAGCGUUACAACAGGCCUGCAGCCCAAACCUCUCCUACAAGGGGAAGCUUUAGAACUCAGCAUUCUUCACUCUCCAAGCUGGACAUCAAUGAAGACAACGACCCUGGACUUUCCAAGAUGGAUGUUGUUCUGACUUUCACCUUAGAGGUCCACGUGAUUGAAGUGAAAGGCCUUAAGUCUUUGGCUCCAAACAAAAUUGUCUACUGCACAAUGGAAGUGGAAGGGGGAGAGAAGCUGCAGACUGACCAAGCAGAGGCAUCAAAACCAGCCUGGGACACACAAGGAGACUUCACUACAACACAUCCUCUUCCUGUCGUGAAAGUGAAGCUGUACACUGAGAGUUCUGGAAUGCUCAGUCUAGAAGACAAGGAAUUGGGAAAGGUGGUGAUAAGACCCACAGCAAACAGUUCAAGAACUCCUGAAUGGCACCAUAUGCACAAAGCAAAGAACUUCCCAGACGAUCUGCGCAUCAAGAUCGCAGUCAGAAUGGAUAAGCCUCAGAAUAUGAAACACUGCGGAUACCUUUAUGCAUUGGGGAAAACUGUAUGGAAAAAGUGGAAGAAAAGAUACUUUGUCUUGGUACAGGUGUCUCAGUACACAUUUGCAAUGUGCUCCUAUAGAGAGAAGAAACCAGAUCCCACUGAGAUGAUGCAGCUGGAGGGCUUUACUGUGGACUACUGUGAACCACUGCAAGAUUUGGAUGGAGGCAAGAAUUUCUUCAACCUCGUGAAAGAAGGCGACAGUCUGAACUUUGCGACUGAGGAUGAGUCUGAGCGCACACUGUGGGUGCAGGCUGUUUACCGUGCCACAGGUCAGACUCACAAGCCUGUGCCACCGGUGGUUCAAACCAACAAGAUUUCCAACACACAGAUCUCUCGCAUGCAAGGAGAUGCUGAUCGUGCCAGAAAACAUGGUCUGGAUGAAUUUGUCAUAGCCAACCCUUGCAACUUUGAACAUCAUGAGUUGUUCAGCAUUUUGCAAACCCUGACUCUGGACUACAGACUAGGAGACGCAUACACCUGUCUAGGUUGGUUCAGCCCGGGCCAGGUGUUUGUGUUGGAUGAGUACUGUGCCCGCUACGGUGUGCGAGGGUGUCACCGGAACUUGUGUUACCUCAACGACCUGCUGGAGAGGGCGGAGAAGGGCAUCCUCAUCGACCCGACACUCAUACACUAUAGCUUUGCCUUUUGUGCCUCACACGUCCACGGAUCCAGGCCAGAUGGUAUUGGCACAGUGUUGCAGGCAGAGAGAACAACCUUUGAUGAGAUAAAGGAGAGAUUGAGGGUUUUGUUGGAAAAGCAAAUCACACAUUUCAGAUACUGUUUUCCAUUUGGACGACCUGAAGGAGCACUGAAAGCCACACUGUCUCUUCUGGAGAGGGUGCUGAUGAAAGAUAUCGCAACGCCUGUUCCAUCAGAAGAAGUACGACAAGUUAUUAAGAAAUGCCUUGAGAAUGCUGCCCUGGUCAACUACACACGCAUAUCUGAAUAUGCAAAAAUUGAAGGCCGUAAAAAAGGAGCUGGCGAAGUCCUAGGUGAGGAUAUCCCACCCAAAAAAAAGCUGGAUGACAUCAUGCAUCUGGCCGAGUUGUGCAUUGAAGUACUGCAACAGAACGAGGAACACCAUGCCGAGUUUGUAUGGCAGUCUACCAAUCUACAAAAAGUGAAAGCCUUUGCUUGGUUCAGUGACCUCCUGGUGGAGCAUGCCGAGAUCUUCUGGUCUCUCUUCGGCGUGGACAUGAACUCUGUGCUGGAUGCUCAGCCUCCGGACACCUGGGACAGUUUCCCCUUGUUUCAACUUCUCAAUGACUAUCUGAGGACUGAUGAGAAUCUCUGCAAUGGAAGCUUCCACCAACAGCUGCGGGACGUGUUUGCCCCUCAAGUUGUGCGCUACGUGGACCUUAUGGAGUCCUCCAUCGCUCAAUCCAUUCACAAAGGUUUUGAACGGGAGAAGUGGGAACCCCAAGGCAAUGGUUGCUCCACCUCUGAGGAUAUGCUUUGGAAGCUGGAUGCUCUUCAGUCUUUCAUUCGAGAUCUGCACUGGCCAGAGGAGGUGUUUGCGGAACAUCUGGACCACAGACUGAAGCUCAUGGCAGCCGAUAUGAUCGAGGCAGCAGCAAAACGAACGCUGAAAUGUUUUGAAGUGUGGCUUCGCAAAGGAGGAAAGAGCACAGACUAUCUGGUAUUCACAGAAAUUUGCACAAUGAUGAAUGUGAUCAUCGACUGCAAAAACAAAGCUCUGCAUUUGUGUGCUCUGGACCAUGGACAAAAUAUGCAUCAGUACCACACCAAGAUUGAUGAGUCCCUAGAAAGAGCCCAAAUUGAAAUGGCCCGGUGUCUUAUUGAUAAACUGCUGUCAGUAUUAGAAAGCAUCUUGAGCAAGCUAGCUCGAUAUGACGAAGGCACAUUUUUUGCAUCCCUGCUGUCCUUAACAAAACCAGUGAACGAGCUGGGCAAGGCUUAUGUGGACUUCAUGAGAGGGAACCUGGACCAGAUGAGGAACAAGAUCAACGACGAGCUGUACACGCUCUCUCUGUUUGAGCAAUGGUACACCGGUCAAAUGAAAAUGAUUUGUGACUGGCUGACAGACAGGCUGGAUCUCUCUUUACAUCCUUACCAGCUGACCUGUCUGAUGACCAUCAACAGGAAAUGUUUUUCUGACUUUGAACUGCAAGGUGUUCCUGACAAUACCCUGAACAGCAAGACCUACCAAACCAUAUGCAGUAGACUGCAGGUUGAAGAAGCAACCCAGUCUGUAACCCAGUCCGAGGGCAGCGGGAGGACAUUUCUCAGCAAGCCGGCAAGCUCAUCCACGGCCGCCAGUGGUGACGAGUCCGACUAACCACCAGAACAGCUGUAUUGCAAUGUUUUGUCUUUUUCUGUUGGCAGAAAGAAGCUGCCUAGAUGAAAACGGGGUUGGAGCGUGGUUUGUUCCUUUGUUGUUUUGGUUUGGGGUUGGGUUUUGUUUGGGGGGUUUUUUUUGGGGGGGGGAGGGGGGUUGGUACUUUUAAAAAUUCCCAGCAAACCAUAAAAUCUCUGUCAUUUCUGGGGGUGAAUUGAUUGAUGACUUUUGUUUGAUCAAAACCUUAUUUCCUGCUUGGGAUUUGGUAAUUUGUGUUGAUGGUCUAUGAUCCUAGCUGUAGUUUUCAUCACAAACAAGCUUCUUUUCAAAAUGAGUAUUAAUGGUGUUCAGGGGAUAUGUCCUUUAAGAAAGUUGUCAAGUCAUUUGUAACUUCUCUUUUUUUUUUACUCCUUCUGCUUCUUAAUGUUAGGCUAGGAAGUUUAUAGCAAAGUUUGACAGAUGUUUUCUUAGGAGAUGACAAGUAGUCAUGUAAUCUUCCUUUUAAUGAAGGCCUGGUUUCGUAUUGUGAAGUGGAAUUUUUGCUGAUGCCCCCCCCCCAGUACCCCCAACAUUAGUAUUACAUAGAGUGUCAGUGAUGGACUUUUGUAUUAUUGUCAAAAUGACAUUCCACAGAGGGCCCAAUUUUUUGAAAGCAUGCACUGGUUUAAUAUUUCAGAUCUAUUUUCAAUUUAAUUUCUUUUGUCUGGGGACGAAAUCAGUGCUCAGAAGAUAGGGGUGAAAAGAAUUAUUGAGCCAUUUACCAGUGAUAUGGAAUGGCGUCAUGGACUGUUGCGUGUGUUAAAAGAUUUUAGUAAUCUGUACUAAGAUUGUCAGUUACAAAGUUACAAAGCUAUUUUGAUUUAUUUCAGUGUCUUUUAUCACAUUGUGCAAGGAAGGUUACGGGAGAUUUUGGAUUUUAUCAUCAGCUUGUGAUAAGGGUUAGCCAAUAGUAUUAUUUGGUUGUGUUGCAUCUUUUUUACCCUUAGGCAAGCCCCUUCGCUUAACUUUUUAUUGUUUGUUAUACUGUAACAUAUGGUCUGUGAUGUAGAAUCUUGCAUAGAUUUGGAGAUAGUGGUGGUUUGUGUUGAAGAAAUGAACACCCAAGAGGUCAUAGAUAUGUAGUAUAGAGGAGUCUGCGAACAUUACGCAAGAUGCUUUAUCAGGUGCAUGUGAGGGCUUCUAUCUACAACUUGCAUGGCAAAAUUAGUUUCACAUAAUAAUAUUAUUAUUAUAGGUAUUUUUUUGUGAUAUUUGCUGCUACUGUUAUAAUCUCACAGUGUUCAUGCACCACGAGCAAACCAUAACCAUCACAGGAUCAGAUAGUGGGCUUGCUAUUCUUUGCCGUGCUUUCUCUGGUAGCCUAGGGUAUAUAUAUAUUUUAUGUGUAUAUAUAUAUAUAUCCUCUUCCACUCAAGUAUUCACUCUGGUGUGCUGUGCUGCCGCAUCCUAAGCAAUGGAGAACUAACUAUCUCUGUGAUCUCACAACCUCUACAGGUUUUUGUCCAUGACUUUGUUCUAACCACACUGUUGAAACCUGUUAUUAUAAUUCAGUUCCGCUCCGUGGAGGAAUAGGCCAUUGACAUACUCAUUUUUGGGUUUUUUUUAUUUGAUAUGCAUGAAGUAAUAAAAUACGUGGGCGAAUGUGUGAUUAUUCGAAUUGUCUCGAGAGGGUGGAAGUGUGUUUUAUUGCUUUGCUCAGAGUCUGGGAUAUGAAUGGGGAGCUUGCGCUUUCCCUGCUGUUUGAUAAUUUUGUGUGCAAUUUCGUCCCACUUGACAAUUUGCAUAUUUGUAAAAGACAGUAGUUUAGUCUCACACCUGCAUUUACACUCCCAGCUCUGAAAAUGUGCGGUAUUUUUACUUGGUAGCAAGUAUUACUUCUUAGCUUUCCAUUAUCUUUAUAUAUCUCACUCGUUAAGAGACAUGUCAUUCUCUCAUUGAAGGAUGUGAUAAAUUUGUGAUCCAUUUCAUUGUUCUUUCUUGUCUAUAAUGAAAACGAUUUAGAAAGCCUUGAUACUUAAUUCAGACAUGUUGUCAUGUAGAGCUGUGCAGGAGUGUGUCACCAACAUUAUAUACCACCACCUACAAAUACUUGCUUUGCCUUAUUCAGCGGCACAAGGAGACUUCUAUCAUUAUGAUGACACAUUCCCUCUACACACAUUGCUGCAUGUAAUUUGGCUUCUGAUUUCUCGUUCUGAAUAUCAAUACGCUCUUUACUGUGCAUUUUUCUCUUCGUAUUUUUGCCUUGUAAGAAUGACAAGGAUAGGUGGUAAAGCCUGUCUCUGAAUGGUUCUUGGAGUCUACAGUCCACGAGACUUGUCUAACAGUGUAAGAUAAGACGUCAGAGAUUACAUGAAGUGAAAGAUCCUACUCAUGGAUGUAUACGCUUCAGGUGUGAUUGAAAGUAGUCUUAAAUGAUGGAAAUUCCUUAUUUAUUCAGACAGUUCAUGGUGAUGUGCAAUAAGACAACAAUGAAAUCCAUACUAUGUGAUGCCAGUAUUGUGAUACAUGUAAUUAUAAUAUAGACAGACCAUUUAGCUUUUCCACAUGCAUGACAAUUCCUUGUUUUCCUGAUUUACACAGUCUACAGUUUUAAACGGUUGUGAGAAUGCUUUUUUUUAAAGAAUCCCCUCCGUGGCCCCUUUACCUAAUACAAUAUGCCUACAUUCCUCUUGUUUUACGCAAUGAAUUGUUCUGCCGGAGACAUUCAUGAAGGCUAAUUGAGUUUGUGAGAUCAUUUGAGUGGGUUCACUUCACUGCCUUCCUGUUGUACAAAGGUCAGUUUUCCUGGCAUGUCUAAAAUCCCAACAUGAAUAGCAGGCUGCCACUUCUGUCUGGCAGCUUUAUUCAUAAUUGAAAGGCAAAAACUUAGCGUUUUGCACAGCGAGAUGCUCAUUUCUAAAAUGUGAAUACCCACUUAAGAAGAAAUCUUUCUUCAAGUCUUUAGAUUUGCAGUUGUGAACAUGACAUACUUUUUUUGUUGCAAAUGAAUCUCACUUUUUCACUUCUUUAUAUUGGCCUCAAUUGUGUUUAUCCUUUGACUUCUUAUAUUUAUGCAUAAGGGGGCAAGUUUGUGUUUAUAGGGCUACCUAAUUUUGUGUUCGCUACUCCCUUGUAGAUGGUGUGAACAAAGUUCACAAUUUUUUUUUCUUAUGAAAAUUGAGAGAUGAAAAUUUCCUUCCUCAUCCUAGCCAUAUGGUGUAUCCAAAAGAGUGAAUGUUGCACGGUUAUGUAUUUUGUUUUCAGUUCAAGGGAAGAACAUGUUACUGUUAUGGUCAAAGAGGUCACAUUUUUUUUUUUUUUACAAAUACAGCAAUCUCUCUCGUUUUUUUGGGUUUUUUAACCUUUUGUGAGCUAUAAAAAAAGCUUUAAUGCUUUUGACUUUUCCACUAGAAUAAAGGUAAAGUCCUCAUAUAUAUAUAUAUAUAUAUAUAUAUAUGCGGCACACUAAAUAUCUAGCCGGUCACCCUAUAAAAUUAGUGUUUGAUGGCCACCAACCUUCCAUAUAAUAUAACUAUACACAUAUUUUGUUGUUUACGUUCCACUGUGGUUUACCUGGAGAUCUGUGAGCUGCCCUAUUGUGAUGUUGCAUGCUUUGUUUCAGUGUCAGUGUAUACAUGUAUAGCUGUAAAUUGUACAGAAGUAGAGAGGAGAUUGUCACCAUAGAAGACACCUGUGUGAGUGGGGAGAAAGAAACAAGGCACUGUAAAAUCCCGAUUAAGCUUUCACGCCUUUGUGACGGACAGAGUGCAAAAGAGGGGAGGAAGGGAUGGCAUGGAAUUGAGACAUGUUAACUGCAGCGUGGUUGUGAUUGGAAAAAGCAGUUCUUGUUCGGGUUUUUCUUUAGGCUGAUGGAUUUGGUCAGGUUGCCAUUUCUUGGGUGUCUCAUAGGCCUAGAGAGGCCAUCAUUAUUAUAAGUUUCCAUCAUCUUUUUCAUAGCAACCCUUGUGUCAGGAAAUUUUUAAGUAAAAAAAAAAAAAUGUAAUAUGUAAAUUAUUGAUAAAGAAAAAAAAUCUUGUGUGGUCCAGAUUUUUCAAGUGAACCUUACUCGCAUGAAAUGCACCAACAUCAGUCUUUAAAUCAACAGGGCUUUUGUCUUGUUUGGAAGUUCAAACUGGAACCUUUUUAUAAUAUUUAUAGAGAUGAGUCUUGCAAUGCAUGAGGUGCAAAGGUCUUCAACAUUCUAAGUAUCCAUCUUUUAGAAAUGUUUGGAUGUAUUUGCCCACUACAACCUGCCAGAGUUAGUUUCUGCUGCAAUUGGAGGAACUGGGUUCAUCCCCGUACCAAAGACAUGGACAUUGUUCCACGUUGUAAGCCUUUCGAGCCCUUUCUUUUGUUCACUGGUGUCUCUGUUGUAGCUGUUAUGGGCUUUGUUGUCGCAUGCAGGACACCUGAGCGCGAACCUGAGUGGGGAGAAAAUUUAAUUUUAAUGGAGUACCGGUAUCUCCAUCUUUCUCCUGGGAUGUUGUAUCCCUCUUGACUAAGGUUGGCCCUGACAGGCAGGGUUAGAAGCCUGCCUCCUAAAUGAUCUAAAUUGUGUCAAUGGGAGCGUAAAAACACCCAUGGUACCUUUUUAUUCUCCUUUGUUCAGUGUUAUACUGCUGGUCCUCUACUAAAUAUAUAGACUGGACUUGUUAGUUUAUGUAUACAUUUUUUACGUACCAUACAUACAGAUUCCGUGUGCAAGAAAAUGAUGAGCUCAAUCAGGAUUUUACAGUACAGAAUGCCUAAUAAUUCAUUAGCUUCCUCUUCUUUCCAUAAUCUAUCACAUACAUGUGCUGAUCUCUCUACUUUGAUGAACAGCACUGUACAAAAAGUUUACAUUCCUUUUACCAACUAUACAUUUUUCUUCUUUAUUUUUUUCUUACCUUUAUGUGUAGUUUGUAUGAAGUUUUUAUUUCAAUGUAGCCUGUUUAUUAGCUUAUCUGAUUUAUUACUUCGUGUGAAGACCAAUGACAUCUGCAUGGAGCAACAGUUGUACAAAUUCUUUCAUCCUCAUAAUUUACCCGUAUUAUGCAAUUUUGAACUAUGUGCAAUAAAUUUUUUUGUGUUCCUUUUGUACUCACUUCAUUAAUAAAAUCAGCAUGAAAGUAUUAGAAAACAGACUCGGGUCAGGUGAAAACAGAUUCCCCCUUAAAAGUAGCUGAUUUGUUAACAAAGUCGUAGAAAAUUGUGUAUCUGUACCUACUGUAAUUUAGAACUAUAGAGUCAGCAAUUAUUCUGUCUCUCACAAUUAUAAACCGUUGAAGCACACUCUCUGGCCCCUCCUCCUUACGACUGUUAGGACUGUGACUCUGUUGUUUAAUACUUUGAAGUUGAGAAUAGGAAUAAAGGUGUCAAUUUAUG